GAUCAUGAUCACAAUUCACAAGUCAUAUCCACAGAUCGAUGUUCGUAUAUAAUUUAAUCAUAUAUUAUCAAGUACAACAAAAGCUUUUAAUCAUGUAAAAAAAUCAGUCAGUUUCGAUAACUCAAUUUUUUUAAUAAAGUCUAGAGAUCGAUCGUAUAUCAUGAAUUCCUCGCACCACUGUAGUACCACACUCAAACAUUAAUUAGUUAACUACCGCAAGCUUGUAAUUUGUAGAGGAUUUCAUUUUCCAUCACAAUAACUCGAGUUGUUAAGAUAGAUCUACGAAUUCACGUUAUUCAAGAGAGUUAAAAGAAGAUAUCUGCUAUACCCGUUGGUUAUUUCAAACUUUUACUUUUUUCCUUAUGGAUACUGACAGAAGAAAUUACUGCUCACAUAAGAAGUUUACAGAAGAACAUAAUGAUGGUAUUUAUGUACGUGAACUUUUGGUAUUGAUGAGAAGCCAGAGAUAGAUAGAUCCAAGUCAAAAAGAAAAAGAAAAGAAAUCUUAAAAUGGGCAUGCUGUUCUAAUUUAUUGCUUUGCCUUUUCCUCUUUAUCUGUCAGCUCAGCAGGCAGAUUCCAAAGGAAUAAAAACAGUGAAGCCAUACAGAAUACGACAUUUUUGCUUUUAUAUAUAUGCAGAAGAAGAAGAAGAAGAAGAAGAAAAGUAGAGAUGGAAAGAAACAACCCAACAGUACAUAUAUAGCUCAGCUCUGAGCUCUCAGCAGCAGCCUGAUCGCAAUUUGUUGUUUUUCUUUUGCUGAGCUUCUGCUCAAAUUUCAGAUAACUUAACAAGAGAGAGAGAGAGAGAGAGCUGAAAACCCUAGCUAAAUUUUGCCCGUUGUUAUUGUGCAGAAUAUGCAAACAGUGACGGUCCACGACUGAUGGUUAUAGCUAGGCCAUAGGUUGGAUCAGAGUGUGUACAGGAUAGGAAAGGGAAGAAAUGUUAAAUCUGAAUUUUGAUUAUGUAAAGAUGAUAUGAUGAAGAAUAGUUUUUGUGAUGUUAUCAUAUGUACCGCACUUGCGCGCGUGGUUGUCGUUCGUACUCGGUUGAAUUUGUGUAUAGGUGAUCAGUGCAUGUGGACCGAAUUUAACUAUUUAAGGGAAUCGAAUCUAAGACCUCCGAAUGAAAAAAAAAAAAAAAAGACUGACUAAGCUCUUGUUCGUCAUAAAAACGUAUAGUUUCCAUCACUCUUUAACCACUUAAACUACAACUUCAUGAUUUACAAAGUCUCACCAACCAUGCAUGCACAAAUAAGUAAAAAAACCCAAUAACUUUAAACCCAUGCACAUAUAUGAACACAAAUGUAACUCAACACCUCAUCAUGAUUCCUGACCCACAAACCAACCCGACCCGACAUGGGUUUUCAGUUUUCACCUCUAGAAAGAAAGAAAGAAAGAAAGAAAGAAGAAGGAAGGAACUAGUCCUUGGGAAUAAUUUGAGAAAGGAGUGUAGUGUAAAAAGAGGGCAGUCAGCAGAUGGCCUAAAAGCUUGGGGAAGGACAGGGAAAGCAAAUUGCAGCAGUAGUAGUACAGAAAGACAGAUCAGAAAAAAAGGGUUUCUCAUGUAUAUUAUUAUGUCAUAUAAAGCAUGCCUCUUUUUUCUUGUACGUUCUUUAUCUACCAAGGCAAGGACUAAGCUUUUUAGCUAACUCCCUCUGCAUAUAUGCCCAAACGACAAACCAUCUUUUUAACCACUUUUUAAAGAAUCAUUAUUCUCUCCCUCACUGUGCACACAGCAGCAGCAGAGGUCAGGGAAAUGGGAAAAGUUUGAAUAUUGUUUGGGAUGACACAAUGAUAUGGGAGAGGCUGGGAUGGGCAGCUAGGCUUUGCUGAGCUUUUUUGUUUGUUUGUACUGAGGCAGGCAGGCAGACCACAGAAUUCAGAAUCCCAUGUGUUUGUACGAUAGAGUUAAGUUGUAACCAAUCCAACUCAAUUGGGAUUGAGUAUGGAGAUGUCUUGUUAUUAUUACCAUGUUUCGUCAAAACGAAAGUUGUUAGGUUGUUGUGUAUGAACAUUGAAGUUUGUACGAUUUGACUAAUGGAACCCAUGUACUUAAAAAGAUAGUCGGAGUGGUGGUGGUCUGAUUAGGGUUUGAAUACGCAACUACACUAUGAAUAGAAUACAAUGUAAAUAACCAUAAACUAAAUGAAUCAAGAAUGAAUAUAAGACGACUUAUCCAUCUCUUGGUCAACUAGUCAGUUGCCCCAAUUGGUCUGAAUAGCUUCUAGUUGUUGAGAGAUACUUAUAGACCAUUGAGGUUUGUUGCGAGGUUCAAACUGACCUCCGAAGAAAUAUAGAUUAAAAAAUUUAAAGUAAACUCUCAACUAAAAACAUUUAAGUACAAACGUCCCAAGUAAAAGAAUGAAUAUUAAUUAAGUUGAAACGCCCACCGUGGGGCUCGAACCCACGACCACAAGGUUAAGAGCCUUGCGCUCUACCGACUGAGCUAGACGGGCUUGAUAAAACAUAAACAAGAAAACAAAUUCUCCUCCAAAGAAUAUACGUCGUCUUAAAACUUAAAUGCAUGCAUGUACUCUAUAGUUAAAAGUCAAAUGCUUUGAGUUUCACCACCCACAUUUUUACCUAAGUAAAACAGAAAUUAACACCACUCUAGCUACUCGUUCUGUUGUUCUUAGAAUGAAUGAAUGAAUGAAUGCAUUGAAUGGGAUGGCAGAACACAGAAAGGAAAAAAAAGGAGUGGCAGAAUUUUUUUGCCCAUUUAAUGCAAAAAGGUUGGGGGAUGGGAGUAGAAGCCAAGCCAAAGCCAGACUUAGGUCGUGUUUGCCCAAUGACGAGCAUAACUCCCGGGAUUGCCGCCUGAGUUUCGGUUCCAACCAAACAUAGCAUUAGUUCUUUGCUUUCAUUCAUUUCCCUCUACCUUCCCUUUUAACAGCCAACAUUUGUUCUGUCUUGUUGGGUUGAUAUUUCUUUCGUUUGAUGAUUCUGGGUUUUGUAAGUUUGAAUUCAGGACGUGAUGGUUGGAUGUGAAUUAUAAUCCUCACAUGUACAUUAUAAGCAAUGCUUAUCGAUAUUUGAAGACUAGAAAAAGGUGAUAAAACUUUAGUUAUAUGUGUGUAGCAACACAAUGCAUAUGCGUGCGUGCAUAUUGUCGGUUGAAUCUGAAAUAUCCUUUAAAGAAAUCCUUAUAGCUUGCACAUACGUUGUUUUGAUUGAUUAGUUUUUAAGUACUUCUCUUUUCUAGAUGCUCGAUUAGAACAUCCAUGAGACAAAUUAUUUAUAGCUUGAUUCGACUAAGAAUCAUGUCUUGACUUAUUUGGGGGGUUUUCCCCCUUAUAUCCGGAUAGUUAUUCAUCAAGUGGAUCAUUUGCCUCUGAAUAAGUAAAUUUUAUUCAGGCGAGUCUGGCAUGAUAACACAUGCCAGACGCCCACCAAACUACAAUAUGUCCACCACUUGCAUCCUUAAAGGUAAGGCGCUAUUAUGAAAAAUUCAAUGGUCUAUCCUCGAUCCAUGUUUCCUUCUCCGGAGGGUUGAUUUGCCUUAUCAUCCAGCUUGAGAUUGGUCGUAGAGGCUUUUGCUGCUUGUGUAAGUACUCAAUUUAAGAAAGCACGAGAAUUGAAAUAGCUAGGUAAUUCGAACUGGUAUUCAAACGAUUUCCACGUUCCCCUUGUGUUCAUUCGGCUCGAUGGAAAUUAACUAUGUCUAACACCUGCAAGAAAUUGGAUGAGUUAAUGAUAGAAAUACGUCUAGCUCAAUUAGAGUUUGAUAUGAACAUGCAUCCAAACUUUUAGUAACAAAUUAUGUUGAUUGGAGGGAGACUAGUAGCCGCACGAUACUGCUCUUUGAUGUACUCGAAGGAAAACGAACCAUAAAAAUAAGAAGACAACGAACAUGUACAUGACCUAAACUUAAAUCGUACCAUCGCGAUUAUUAUCCCGAUCUAGAUCCAAAUCGGAAACAAAAAUUUGCCUAAUGUCAAAACAGAAAUUUAUGUCAUUUUCACCGUGGUCUUAUUCAGAAAAAGCCAAGAUUUCCUUGCCAUAAAUUGAAAGACUUAAAACUGUUUUAGUUCACCAAUGUGAAAUGCUAAUACUUGAUCACCUACAAAUCACACGUUUUCUUCGAAGCAACUUUUGGUCUCUAUCACUUCCACCAUGAAAACAAAUUCCAAACGAACACUCCUUUGACAAACUCAGGAACCAUUGUCCAUCAAAUGGGACCAAAAGGCCACCCCAAAAUUGGGGCAAUUCGUCCCUUUUUACCAAUAGCAGCGCACAGUCGCACACGGUUUCUCCUCUCCAUUCUCGAACUCUUCCAUAAGAUGGGAAAAGUCAUUUGUUGUGUCUAUGACUCUUAUGUUAUGUGAAUCAAUCGUCAUUAAUGUACGGGCCGUGGGUUGAUCCACCAUGGGCCUUAGCCCCUCAUAGGAGACCACCUGUAUUGCAAUCCUGGACUUGUAGAUCCAACAUGGUGGGGGCCUCAUCGUCAAGGCCCAACUUGGUUGACAAUUUGAUAUGGUGUUACGGGCUCGACCGUCACGAAUCCCUUGCCGGUCUUGACAUUCACACAACACAUGUCCUCAAUAUCGGACCGAUAAAGUGGUUUUAUUCGUUAACAUGAUACCGGAACCUUCGAUAGAGAGGUCAUGAUUUCCAAUUCUUAACGAUAACCCUUAAUAUAAGCAACGAUUUAGCCUUUCCACUUACCGACCGCAAAAUUUUGGGACAAUUUCCUUCAUAUUAUUAUUGUUAGAAUAUGACUUGAAUUUGAUUUGGGUUUGUUUUGUGUUUUGGGUCUAUUUAGUUUGAGUUUGUGUUUGGGCUUUGUUUUGACUUUUUUCCUUGUAUGUUUGGGAAAAGGUGUUUGGUUUUCUGUUUGGGAUUAGGAGAAGAGUUCUAUAAAUACUCUUCAUCACCCUAGUCUGUAGUAAGGUCAGUCAGCUUAGUUUGUUUGGUUUGUCCGUUUGGAAUUUGGUUUGUAACCUGUACUCUCCUCACACUAGUGAAAUUUGUCCCCCCUGCCCGUGGAUUAGCUAGCACACAUUGUGUUAGUGAACCACGUUAAAUUUGUGUUCGUUCGUGUUGGUUUAGAUUAUCGAUUACACGCUUCUGUUCUGACAAGUGGUAUCAGAGCCUGGUUGAUCUUUGGGUUAUUUGAAACUGUCUUGGCGGAUUUUGGAUCGCUCUCCUGGUCGAUCGGCUAGGCAAUCGGCUAUGGAUUUUGGUGACUGCUGCGGUAUCAGGGGGCAGUCUUCGAUUUGGUUGGCGGAGAAGCCUUAGUUUUUCUUCUUCCAAAUUUGGUUUGCGGUGGUUCAUGAUCUUUUGUCCCAAUUUGGAUUUGUGCGGGGGUCGAUAUGUGGAAAUUUGAAUUUGGUGUUGGUGGCGAAAGCUAAUUGGAGUUGGGUUAGAGCUUCGAAUUUGGAAAAAGGUGUGUCGAAGCUUCGAGUCUUUUGCGCCUGGUUAGGGUUUGCGGCUAUUUGGUUGGUAUUUGUUGAGAAGAAAUUUUGAGGAUUUGGACUUCGUCGAGGGGAGUUGGCAAAUCAAUUGAAUUUGUGUUUGGUAACAGUUUGUGGUAUGGCAAAAUUUUUGUUUGUUGCUCUUGGACGGCGGUUAGGGUUUUCGAUUAUAAGGAUGUAUGUUCUGGAUUUGAAGAUCGAGAAGUCGAUUUGGAGUUGCAGGUUUGAAGGUAGCAGUAAAUUUGAUGUUGGUGUUAUGGACGGAAAUAACACCAAGCUGGUUCUGCAUGGCAAGUCCCAACAUGGGUUGGACUUGCUGCAUGUUUUGAUUUGUUGACCGCCCUUAGGGGCAUCUGGAGGCAGGGGAGAUUCUGGUACAACUGAUUUGGAGAAGUUUGGUACGUCUGACAAUUUUGAUUGCAUCUGAGUUUGGGGUUUUGCAUCGCGUUUGGUCUGGCGAUAUGAAUCGCGUUUGGAUAUGUCUGGCAAUCUUGAUUGCGUUUGAGUUUGGCGGUUUUGAUCGCAUUUGGAUACGUCUGGCGAUAAGUAUCGCGUCUGGGUACAUCUGGCAACUUUGGUUGCGUUUGAUACAUCUGGCAACUUUGGUUGCGUCUGGUACAUCUGGUAUUUGACAGAGAAUUCAAGUCAAGGUGGAGAUUGUUAGAAUAUGACUUGAAUUUGAUUUGGGUUUGUUUUGUGUUUUGGGUCUAUUUAGUUUGGGUUUGUGUUUGGGCUUUGUUUUGACCUUUUUCAUUGUAUGUUUGGGAAAAGGUGUUUGGUUUUCUGUUUGAGAUUAGGAGAAGAGUUCUAUAAAUACUCUUCAUCACCAUAGUCUGUAGUAAGGUCAGUCAGGUUAGUUUGUUUGGUUUGUCCGUUUGGAAUUUGGUUUGUAACCUGUACUCUCCUCAAAUUAGUGAAAUUUGCCCCCCUGCCUGUGGAUUAGCUAGCACACAUUGUGUUAGUGAACCACGUUAAAUUUGUGUUCGUUCGUGUUGGUUUAGAUUAUCGAUUACACGAUUCUGUUCUGACAAUUAUCAUAUAUAGUAGUGCAUCCUCGAAAAAGGAAAAGAAACAAACAUAGAUAGAGAACAACAAAGACUGAUAGUAAACCCACAACCUAACAAUAUCCAAAGACUCCAAGCUGGUCAACCAAUCACAGAUCGCUAGUGAAACGACGUCGGAGCUAGGGGUGGGCAUUGGUGCGGUCCAAACCGCUCCGCCCGCUCCAAAUCGCUUAUGCGGUUAAUCCAAACCGCACCAUUAAGAUUGCGGUUUUAUUUGCGGUCUAAUCAUAAGCGGUUCGCGGUUUUGUGGUACGGAUCGACCGAAACUGCGCGGUUGCGGUUCAAAACCGCAAACCACUAAAUCCCUACCCAGCUCAGCGUGGGAUUCUCAAUCUCAAUUCCUACCAUUCUCAAUCCCUCACCACAAGAGCAAGCCUUGCGGCGGCGCUAUCGACGAUUCCUCCCUCUGGAAAAAUUCCAACGAUACUCCACUCUUUCUCUCUGGUUCUCGGCGUUCCGAUCCCCAAUCGGCGGUUCCAAUUUCCGACUCUUUCCCGGUGCGUAGUCGCGUCCUCUCUCGUUGCCAUUUUCCUGCUUCGUCAGGCUUUGUGCUUUCUAGAGGAUUAGGGUUACGGUUUGGGGAUCGAUUGAAUCUGGAUUCGGCAGAGGAUCAGGCUCUGUGCUUUCUCGUUGCCAUUUCCCCUUUCUCGUUGGUUGAGUUUGAGGAUCUUUGAGGCUGCCAAAGCUCCCAUACUUAUGGAAGCGGGACAGGAUCGAGAAAUCGUCGCGGUCGUCGACGACAGCGGCUGCUCGAACGUCGUCGUGAAAGGUAAGCGGACGAAGCGACAGAGGCAGCCGUCUCCCCUGCCUCUCCAGCCGCGGCCGACGGUGCCUGUGACGGCCGACGUCUCGUCCACGGCGACUUCCUCUUCCGAGCAGAGCACCUGUACGGUGGAAGAGGACAUGGCGAACUGCUUGAUUCUGCUGGCUCGGGGCCGCCGCAGCUCCAGCCCUCCGCCGACGGUGGAGCAACAAGGGGUUUUCGUUUAUGAGUGCAAGACGUGCGGCAGGGGAUUCAAUUCGUUCCAAGCGCUCGGCGGGCACAGGGCCAGUCACAAGAAGCCGAGGACGGCGGGCGACGUCGAAAGCAUCCUUAAUCGUCUCCAACCCACCGCCGUUCCUCGCGUAUGUGAAUCCAUUUAACUUGUUGUUGCGGUUUUAUUUGCAGCUGCGGUCCAAACCGCAUCAAGUCGCUAACUAAUGCGGAUCGGUUGGACCGUACCAAUUAACUUGCGAUCUUGUU